CAGCCGCGGCCCCGCCUUCUGGCUCCGCCUCCUCUCGGGUGGCGGGAAGUGCUGUCCUCAGAGACCAAUGGUUCAUGGCAGGAAGGUCCUGCGCGCAGGUCUCCAGCAGGUGGGUGGCAGCGGGCCUCGAGAUUCUGCCUGCAGGGUUGCAUGCACGUCCGCAUCGGGCAACGUUCCGCUAGCAAGGCUGUUUGCGGAGCUUCUGAUUUAGUACGCCCGUUCUGGGGCGCCGAAGGAGUCUUGUUUUGGUUUAUUUAUCAUCAUCAUCAUGAUUUCCUUUUUUUCUGGGCAUGCUGCAGGAGCUUUAUACAGUUGCAGUUUCUUCAGAGAACCUGAGUGCGCAGCAGCACUUACUCAGAUCAGCAACAAGCAGUUCUCAUUCUGAGUGCCCUAGUGCAUAGUUCUUCGUGGACUUUGGCUUUGUCCUGUGAGAGAGAUAAAAACGAAUAGUUUUAUCUUUAUCUUGGUCACAUCUCAAACUGGCUUUGGAGUAUAUGGCCUCUUUUUGAGGCCGAGUGAUUUGAUGAGCAUGCUUCUUUUUGCAUGGAAUAGUUGAAAUCACAUGGUGUCACAAAAAACUUCAGCAGAGAUAGAAUUCGGAAGCUCAUUGAAACCUGCUUUAUACCUGUGAAGAGGCAGGAACCAAGGAUCUACAGCACCCAAGGAGCCAAGUCACAUUUCUCCCGUGGCUCUCAUCAAUUUGUGUAGGUAUCUCUUGAGGCAGUAGAACACAGCAGUGAAGACAACAGACACGUCUCUUGGCACACAUAACCAGCUACAGCUCAUGAUGUCUUCUGACUUCGUGGUAUUUAGAGCCGGGGUCGCAUUGGUUUUGAUGUGCAGUUUUUACAAGUCAACUGAAGACCCUCUCCCAGAACUGAGUCCUCAGCAGUAUUUCAGCACACUGCAGCCAGGAAAAGCCUCUUUAGCUUAUUUUUGUCAAGUUGGUUCUCUAAGUAACUCUCUGUUUCUUGAAGAACUAAAAGAAGCCAUUAGACCUCUCCAGGACUAUGGGAUUUCAGUCUCAAAGGUUAAUUGUGUCAAAGAAGAAGCGUCAAGGUACUGCGGCAAAGAAGAGGCUUUGAUGAAAGCAUAUUUAUUCAGAGGCAACAUACUGCUCAGAGAAUUCCCCACUGACACCUUGUUUGAUGUGAACGCCAUCGUUGCACACGUUCUCUUACCCAGUCUGAUCACCAUCUGCAGUAGACAAGGAAGAAGAGCCAUUUACAGGGAUGUCUCUCCUUUAACAGUCUCACACAGCUGCAAGAACUGCAGCCCCUGGCAGGACAGCUACGCAUUUUGGACAUAGGUCAUCCAGGGGACAUUUAGGGCAAAACCACUGAACGGAAAAGAAAUGGAGGAGAGAAAGUGAAGAAAUAGAAACCAGAGAGGCAAUUUCUUCAUUCUUGCUUUGGACAUAAUAAAGACUUGUGGAAUACAGUGUUGUAUAACAUUUUCCAAUAAUGAUAUUUAAGUAUUGAGUAACUACACCAAAUGUCAUGGCUGUACCUUGUAAAUUGCCAUGAAAAAGAAUAUAUCUUUUCAAUUUGUCAUUCUGUUUUUUUAAUUUUUAUUUUUUUUAAUCGUUCUGUUUUUAUGGGCUAAAAACCAUUAGUUUAAAAUACCCAGUGCUUAGCAGGCAGCCUUUUCCUUUGCACAGUGAUCAUAAUAGAAUUGAAAUAUUGCCUGACCAGUUUUCUAUUGAGUUUUAAACUUCAUUUCUAGGCCACUUAUCUUAUGUAAAAGAAGCAGAACUCCAGAAUUUUAUUUGAAAUUUACCACUGUGGUCUCCUAAAGAUUGUGUGGUCAAAUUUAUAUUUUCUUUUUUGACUUUGAGCUUUAAAUUGAGCAAUGAUCUUCUUAUGCCUUUGUUAUAAAGAAAUCCAGGGUUUUGAGGUUUCCAAUUGAUACACUGUUUAAAGCUAUAAGAAAUUAAACUAAGAGUAUAGUUUCCAUGUCUUUUCUCUCCAUACAUGGUUUUCCUAAUAACAACUUGCCAUUAGUGUGACACUGUCAUAUUUCGUGAACCAAUAUUAACAAAACAUAGUUAGGUGUUCACUCUGUAUUAUACAUAAUGUUUACACCAUUGCAGUGUUGUGCACAACAGUUUCAUUGCUCCAAAACUCUGUCUCACUUCACAACUGAUACUUUUAUUGUUACUGUAACUUUUCCCUUUGUACAAUGUCACAUGAUGAAACCUCACAGCAUACAGCUUUUACAUACUGACUUCUUUUACUUAAGCAGUAUAUAAAUGAUUACAUGUCUUCAUGGUUUGAUGGUACAUUCCUUUUUAUCACUGAAUAGUAUUCUUCUGUGUGGAUUUUCAACCGUUUACCCAUUCACCUGCUAAGCAUAUUAGUUUCUUCCAAGUUUUGGGAAUUAUGAAUAAAGCUGCUGUAAACGUCAA